AAUGAUGCUCAUCCAUCCAUCCGUAACUGGUCAGCCACAAAAGCAUCAUUUAAUUACUUCUUGCUUAGCAUUGCAGAAGAACGUCUUUACUCUUUCAUUAUCUAUUACUCAUAGCAGUAAAAAUGGGUAAAAAACGCUCCCACUCCGAUUCCGCUGAUGAAUCUCCUGCGAAAAGAAGGAGAGAGAGUACGGAAGUCCGGAGUACCGACGAAGUCGGGUCCAAAACUCCCCGCAAAGAACAUUUGGAGGACCUGUACCUCCAGGGCCAUCUACUUGGAACGGGUGGCUAUGGGGCAGUUUUUGCCGGCAUUCGCAAGGCAGAUGGCUUCCCAGUGGCAAUCAAAUAUGCCAGAAAGACUGAAAAGAAGCUAGAACUGCCUGGACUUGACGGGCCCAUGCCAUUGGAGGUGGCGCUGAUGAAGCUUGUUAGCAAUGAGUCAUCUUGUGCCAACGUGCUCAAGCUCAUCGACUGGUUUGAUGGACCACAGGAUUAUAUUAUGAUCCUGGAAAGACCGGACCCAUGCGAAGAUCUCUUUGAUUUUUGCAAAAGGAAAGGAGGCCUCCUGUCAGAAGGUGUUGCCAGGCACGUGAUGGUGCAGGUCCUCCACGCCUUGCGCCACUGCCAGGACUCAGGCGUCCUCCAUCGAGACCUGAAGUCAGAGAACCUUUUGAUCAGGACAGACACUCUGGAGGUCAAGCUCAUCGACUUUGGCUGUGGCGAUAUCUGGACAGAUUCCCACUACACAAAAUUUUCAGGCACAAAGAUCUUCGCUCCCCCAGAGUGGUUCCUGAGCAGAGAGUAUCUGGCUGGCCCCGCCACAGUCUGGUCUGUGGGGGUUACACUAUUUACUCUAGUGUGCGGCUACCUACCCUUCCACAACCAGACGGCAAUCAUUUCAGGCCGCCUGAAAUUCCCCCCAUGGGUCUCUUCUGGCUGCUGCAAUCUAAUUCGCGGGUGCCUGAGACGCAAGGCGGCGAAUCGGCGGAGCUUGGAGCAGAUUCAGCGCCAUCUCUGGCUGCAGCAGAAGUGACUGCUGACUAUUAUUGGGCCUUGUCAAUUAUUUUCUUACUGUUUUGAUUAAGGUUGAUUAGAUAAGGUUAUAUAAGAUAAGUUUUUUUAAGUUGUUAUAUAAGUUAAGAUUAUAUAAGAUACGUUUAUAUAAGAUAAGAUUAUAUAAGUUAAGAUAAGGUUAUAUAAGUUAAGGUUAUGUAAGUUAAGGUUAUAUAAGAUAAGUUUAUAUAAGAUAAGUUUAUAUAAGUUAAGAUAAGGUUAUAUAAGAAGAU